GACAAAAGUCUUAAUGAGAUGGUGGAAUAUACUCCAAAUCCCAUUCAGGAAUCACUGAUCCUUUUCUCAGACAAUGAUCUCAAUCGUCUGGGUGCUCAAAACUUCAUGUUUUUGAUGCAGUUUAUGUUGGAUCAGCCUAUGAAGAAAAGUCAGACAGAGAGUGAUUUUGUUAACUUCAUUUUGCAGCUGGGGAAAGAGAAGGAGUUCCUCAGGGAUGAGAUCUACUGUCAGGUCAUCAAGCAGACUACCAAAAACCCAGUCAAGGAGAAUUGCACCCGUGGCUGGCGUUUGUUCAAUCUGGUGACUGGAUUCUUCCCUUGUUCCAACACUCUCCUGCCAUAUUGCACCCGCCACCUGGAGGCCAUCAUUCAAGAUUCCAACCACCCGUUUCAAGAACUGGCAAGUGUGUGCAUGAAGAAUCUCAGGCGGUCACUCAGUUUUGGAGGACGCAGGCACAUCCCUUCACAUUCAGAGAUGGAGGCCAUUUUGGCUGGGAGGAACUCUCGUCGGCUGCCCAUCAUGCUGCCUGGUGGAAACGAAUUUUCCUGCAAGAUUCGCAGCUUUAGUGUUGCAUUUGAGGUGGUACAAGACUUUUGCACUGAGAUGGGCAUCAUAAAUCCAGCAGAAGUGAAGGAAUUUUCCAUCCAUGCCACUAGGAAAGGAGGUGAUGGGACACGUCCAAUUCACUCUGAUGAGUAUCUGUUUGACUUCCUGCUGGAUGAUGGCUCCAUCUCCCUCUCCUUUCAUCGAAUAAUCUGGAAACAGCCACUCCGGUUUAACAAUGAUCUUUAUCUGGAGUUCCACUACCAGCUGCUUUUGGCUAAUUAUCUGGGAGGGAGGCUGUUGCUGCCCAUGAACGGCUCUACAAUCUACCAGCAGGUGGCAGAGUUGACCGCUCUUCAACACCUUGCCCUUGGGCUGACUGAUUUACCUUCCAACUCUGAGGUAAAGCAGUAUCUUCCCCGGAUGGAUCGGCUCAACUCCAGUGACGAAAGACUUCUUGCUACUAUACGGGCACAGUUUUCUACCUUAGGCCCCCUCGGCCAUCUUGAUGCCAAAGCUCGCUUUAUCAAAAGUGUCAGUUUGCUGCCUUUCUUUGGAUUUGAUGUAUUCACUGCUCAGAAAGUAAGUCAUCGCAGCUGCCCCUCUCCCUCCCUGGUCGCAGUCAGCCAUAAUGUUAUCAAAAUCAUUGAUCCCAAAUCACAGAACGCAUGUUUGACAAUGUCUCUGGAGGACAUGCAGUCCUUGCGCACAAUCCGUCCCAAGAAAGACAAGCUGCCAUCAGUUGAGGUCAGCUUUAGUGGCCAAACUCAACCCAGGACUGUCAGCUUCAGUCUAAAGCAGGCGAAAGAGCUGUGCCACACCAUUGCUGUGAUUAUGGAAGAGGUGGUGAAACCCUCCUACAGCAGUGUGUCCAGUCGGGCCGGAACCCCACAUUAAACAACCAACAUAUGCAAAGCUCACCUAAUAACCCAUGACUUACUCUGAAGUUCAAAGAUGUCUCCUGCCAUGAAAUAUUACAGACGUUAUAUUUAAAAAAAAAAAAGAUGUACAAACGUUUAUGUAAGAUCAAGGUUAAUGCUUACCAAAUGUUUAAUUCAUUAUAGCCAGGGUUUUUCAGGGGCGUAAAGAUACUGCAGAGAAGAUGUAUACAGUACAAUUUUCUAUAAAAAU